AUGAUUGACCGUUUCAGGAUGUUUUCCAUCGCCGUCUUGUUUGCAAUCAUCGCAGCUGCUCUGGGACAAAUAGUGGUCCAGACACCUCUAGGUAUGUCAAGCAAAUAA